GAGGAUUAAAAAUCUCGAUUGUACAGCCAUCAUCAUCAUCAUCAUCAUUAGUUCAUUUUCUCACAGCCAGGCUUCCCGAGCUACAACCGGAAAGGCCAUACGAUCAUCAUUGGGGCCACAGACUUCAGGAGAUACGCGUUCAGAUAGGGAAUUACAAACGGCCGCACGGGGAAAUGACAACUCAACAGCCCUUUUCCGGCUCCGCAGAUUCUCGCAAAAGAGUCUACAAAGCAUGUGACCGUUGCAGGGUCAAAAAGGCCAAGUGUAAUGGAUUCCGGCCUUGCGUCCGAUGUACAUCGGACAACGCCAUUUGCUUCUACGGCGCGGGACACAAGGCUUACAAAAAGAGCUAUCCUACAGGAUAUGCGGAGGCUCUGGAGCAGCAGCACGACUGGCUUGUGGAUGGUUUACAGCAGCUAUACCGGCGGAUGUGUGAUGGAGAAGGCUGGCGAGGAGGGCCGGUUAGCCUCGAUCAUCAUGGCCACCCUUGCUCCCAUGAACUACUCACCCGUCUGGGUGCUUUGGAUGAGAGCAAAGGCGAGCAUUUCGAGGAAGACACUGGCGCAAUGCAGCAACGACUCUGGAGUGCGAAUACGGCCCAGGCAACCGUCCGCUCCGACAAUGGGCUGAACCCCCUAAAUCAUCCAUUCUGCCUGCCAAGCCUGGCACCCAGGCAGCCACCCUUGCCUCUUGCUUGCGUCGCCCCAUCAAGUGUCUGGCCGCCCAUCCAGGCAUUUUCUUUUCCUGUAGAUGGGGACGAGAUCCCCACACCGAUGCCAAAUCCAAUGCUGGGGAUGACGGAGAUUCGGAACUCUCCAAACGCCGACAUGGGACAUAAAUAUAGCUGGGGGGUGGACCCAGUGCGCCACACUGACGUCUCCCCGGCAUUUCUUUUCGAACCACAGUGAGUUGGUCUAGCCUACCUAGACUUGCUUGAAUCAAUUCGGUCCGUGUAAUUCAAUCUUCGAUAAGCAAUUGGAGUGGGUUUAUGUCAUCCGAGUUGUAUCGCCCGGGUCCGGAGCCGGCAUAGCACCACUCCCUAUAUAUCCAACCAUCGCCGUACAGAGGGUCAUUGAACCUCAUACUCGUACCCCGGUUUCACCAGAGUCAAACUGUUUAUUCAGAGAGUUGUGUCGCCAUCCAGGGGCCAUUGUUGAUACCAAUUUCGCCGUCGCCCCGCUCUUCCCAUGAUGGCUCCCGCAUCCGGCGUUAUUUGUUGUCAACACCUUGUGUGACCGUGGAGAGCGCUUUGGUGAUUCUGGGGAGGGAGAAAUGUCACCGG